AUGACGCUUCUUCCUUACGCCGAGAUCCUUGCCUACUUCCGGGACACAGUAUCCGACUGUUGUUUGGGACGUGUCGAACUGGCCGCUGGGCGCUCAACAGGUCCAAAGGUGGCUGUGUGGAUAGGCGCGGCAGAUGGUAUCACACAGUUGGUCUCGAGUGCGCUCAAAGCGCUCGGACUGCGGAUGGAUCCCUCGAGCGAAGAACUGGAUGAGCUAGUCCGUGCAGGGAGACUGGUGCUCGUGUGGAGAUCCGCUGCCUGA